UCACUUGGAAGUCUCAGGAUAGUUCUGAAGGGGCUCACCAUGACCCCAACCGUAACCGGGAGUUUCUGUGAGUGCGGGGCCCGCGCUGGGGGGCUCCCCCUUGCUUAGAAUACUGCGUGUGAUUACAGGAACGCUAGUUAUACCCCAUACUGCCCUCCACGUUGGGAGGCCCAGCGUGAAGUCUGCCUUAGAAAAUUGGGAAGAAGGACUGUAGAGGGUAUACGUGACUGUGUGACCCUGUGUCAGGUUGUGCCCGUGUGUGGUCACUCACACCUCUCCCAGUCCAGUGAGCCUACAUCGUGCCUCUGUGAAAUGAACGCAGAUGGGUGACCGAGGGCGCCCGCAUGGAGGGCAGCGCUGCCCACCCCCAUGCCUGCCUCCCCUGGGCUCAGGCAGACAAAAGUAAUUAGGCUGAGUCUUUAAUCACAGCUGCUUUCCUGGAAGGUGGACAUGGAAGAGGCGGAAAACGGCAGAGGUGGGGGACACGGUGCUAGCCUGACUCCCAGGCACGGGCUCCCUCUGGGACCCCUCCAGCCCCCACAGUGUGCUCCGCUGAAAUCUGUUUUCUUUCUCCCUCAGGACACAGGGUUCCCUAGGAGCCGCCCCAGGCUUAAUGAUUGUCCAGAAGGUGGCUAUAAAGGGAGCCAGAGAGGAGGAGGGGCUGGAAAGGCUUGCUCAGCAGAUCUGGGCACUGGGGCAGCCGGCGAGCUUGCACUGUGCUCAGACUCUGCGCCCAGCCCAGUAGGGGCUGCUCUCGUCCCCCAUGGCAGCCCAGGGCUAUGGCUACUACCGCACGGUGAUCUUCUCGGCCAUGUUUGGGGGCUACAGCCUGUACUACUUCAACCGCAAGACCUUCUCCUUUGUCAUGCCCUCGCUCGUAGAAGAGAUCUCUCUGGACAAGGAUGACUUGGGCCUCAUUGCCAGCAGCCAGUCUGCUGCCUAUGCCAUCAGCAAGUUUGUGAGCGGAGUGCUGUCUGACCAGAUGAGCGCUCGCUGGCUCUUCUCCUCGGGGCUGCUCUUGGUGGGCCUGGUCAACAUCCUCUUUUCCUGGAGCACCACUGUGCCGGUCUUUGCUGCCCUCUGGUUCCUCAAUGGCCUGGCACAGGGGCUGGGCUGGCCGCCAUGUGGGAAGAUUCUGCGGAAGUGGUUUGAGCCAUCCCAGUUUGGCACUUGGUGGGCCGUCUUGUCAACUAGCAUGAACCUGGCCGGGGGGCUGGGCCCCAUCCUGGUAACCAUCCUCGCUCAGAGCUACAGCUGGCGCAGCACGCUGGCCCUGUCCGGGGCGCUGUGUGUGGGGGUCUCCUUCCUCUGCCUCCUGCUCAUCCACAACGAGCCUGCCGACGUGGGUCUCCGCAACCUGGACCCCACUCCCACCAAGGGCAAGAAAGGCUCCUUGAAGGAGGAGAGCACCCUGCAGGAGCUGCUGCUGUCCCCCUACUUGUGGGUGCUUUCUACAGGCUACCUCGUGGUGUUUGGGGUGAAGACCUGCUGUACCGACUGGGGCCAGUUCUUCCUUAUCCAGGAGAAAGGACAGUCAACUCUCGUGGGUAGCUCCUACAUGAGCGCACUGGAGGUCGGGGGCCUUGUGGGCAGCAUCGCGGCUGGCUACCUGUCAGACCGAGCCAUGGCAAAGGCAGGGCUGUCGGUGUACGGGAACCCUCGCCACGGGCUGCUGCUCCUCAUGAUGGCUGGCAUGACUCUGUCUAUGUACCUCUUCCGGGCAACUGUGACCACUGACUCCCCCAAGCUCUGGAUCCUGGUGUUGGGAGCUGUGUUCGGGUUCUCCUCCUAUGGGCCCAUUGCCUUGUUUGGAGUGAUAGCCAAUGAGUGUGCCCCUCCUAACCUGUGCGGCACCUCCCAUGCCAUCGUGGGGCUCAUGGCCAAUGUGGGCGGCUUUCUAGCCGGCUUGCCCUUCAGCACCAUUGCCAAGCACUAUAGCUGGAGCACAGCCUUCUGGGUGGCUGAAGUGGUCUGUGCCACCAGCACCGCGGGCUUCUUCCUCCUCCGGAACAUCCGCACCAAGAUGGGCAGAGUGCCCAAGAAGGCCGACUGAGGACGACGCACGCUCUCAGGCAUCCCCGGCCAGUGAUGGCCUUUCCAGGUGUGGGUGGGGGCUCGGGGAGCUGUCCUGGCUGGCAGUCAACCUUUUUUGCUCCUUCCUCCACCCCAGUGACCCUGGAAGUUAACAGAAGUUGAAGGCCCGAGCUCCCUCUCCUAGGCCCUAUUUAACAUAACCUUUGUUCCUGGACUUGUUAGCUCCUGUUUCCUACCUGGAGAGAGAGACAUCCCUGCAUUCAGGGAGUCUUACACCCUCUCGCCUCUCCUAGGCCCUGCAUUGUCCUCCCCUCCUUUCUAUCAUGGCACCAAUGGUCCAUGACCUCUUCUGCCCCAAGGCCUCUUGGCAGUAGGCAACUGCUAUUGCCAGUACCUCAAUCUUCCUGGAGUAGAACGGAGGGGCGGAAGGAUGACUUGUUCUAGAAUACUAAAAACUAGAUUUGAUACUAAA